CUUCAUUUUCCAUUCUCUUUCUCCUCUUGACCAAGAUUCAACGAGACUAUUCCGUACAACCUCGUCCUUCCCGUACUCUUCCUCUUCUUCCUCUUCCCUCCUACACAACUUCCUCUCCUCACCCAUCCAACACUCUAUCCCAGAAUUCAAUCAUACUACCUCCUAACUUCCUCACACUCUACUUUGCUCUACGGAUACUGACACCCUCGAAUUCCACCUACAUAGCCAUGUGACGGAGCUGCAUGAAUAGUCGGGUUAUUGUCAAGUUGGACUCUUGAUAGUCUGGCUAGGUGCAGAACUCGUGCAGUUUGUCUUGCCUCGACUAUUACCUCACGACAUAGCAUUGUCAUAACAUUCCAUAGUCAUAUUGACAUUUCGAAAUCAUAAAUUCCCUUAAUUCUUAUUAAUUAUCCACUCUAAAGUCGGCAUAUACCAAACUCGCAAUAUGCCGGCCCUGGCGGUUCCUGAUACCGGCCUCCUUCUGGAGAGCUCGGCCACGAGCGACCAACUGCCCUUACAAGCAUUCGGCGUCACCUUGAGCGACAGCAUGAUUGAGGACAUGAUAAAAUGUGUACAAGGCGGGCAAGAGAUCGAAUUGACCCUAGGAAGCACUCCUAGCUUCCUCAUCGGUUCGAGAGAACAGAAAGUCAAAACAACCCCUGGUUCAUACAACUACGACCUCUAUCUUACCAAACCCGAGGAGGCGGCAAACAAGGCCCAGCGAUUACUAAACCCUACCAUGUCCAUACUUAAACAACCUCCUUCCAACAUCCUAUCGAACAAGACCACCAAUAGCAAAUCCAAGGAUGUGAAGCGAGGAGUCAAGAACAAACCCCUGCCCGCUGGAAAGUCUGCCAUGGCCAGCGUAUUAUCGAACUCAGCGACCCGGUCAUUGCCUUCGAGUCCUGCGCUUAACGGAGUCUCUUCGCCGAACCCGGCCUAUUCCGCCUCCCAGCAAUUGCUUGAAAAGAACAAGAACCAAAGGACUGUUCUCGUCCACGAAUUAGCGUCAAGAGACCAAACAUUCGAGCAUCUAGCGGAUGUAUGGAAGGGAUCAGAGGCGGACCUCAGGCCGACGGUAGAGAAGGUGGCAAAUUUCGAUGCGUCAACUAAGAAGUGGAGUCUAAAGAAGAUCUACUGGAAGGAAUUGGACGUAUGGAAUUAUGAUUACCGCAAUGACGAUCGCGCCGCGGCCAUAGAGAACGCCAUCAAGCAAUACGACAAGCAACGCAUUUCGACAUCUGCGCCUGAAUGGGAGAAACUGCUGGCUCCUUCCGAACGAGGAAAGGGUAUUGUCCUUAGCAAACUUCAAACAAAUCUGGCGAAGGGAAAUAUUACUCCGGUUCCUCGGGUAUCAUCACAGAAGACCGACGACAGCGGAAACAGGAGCGAUGCCGAUUCUUCCAAGGCAAAGGGCGAAGCUAUGGCUCGAUCCAAUUCGCAACCAGUAGGGAACAAGACAAAGAAGGUCAGCGAGCGCGAAGCGCAGACGAAGCGCCUCUUCUCCACGAGCUCCAAGAAACCCGCGCCGAAGAAGCCUGCCCCCAAACCCAAGGCUGCUACGACAGAAGAAAAGGGAAGGAAGUUCCUGUCUGAAGAGAAGGUCAUCGAUUCUGAGAGCAGCGGGGAUGAGAGGCCAUUAUCAAGCACGACCAAUUCAAGCGUAUCGCGACCCAAACCCGUCGAGAAGCCUAUCGAGAAGGUCGCCGAGAGACUUAAUGAAAGGCGCAUUGAAAAGCCAGCUCCGAAAGCGGCCGAGAAGCCAAAAGAGAAGCCGAAGGAGAAGCCCGCGCCCGUCACUCUCCCUAAACCCAAGCCUGUUGUUAGAGCACCCCGACCGCCUGCCAAGACAUCCGCCCCAUCUUCUCAGAAGCGCGCUCGGGAAGACGAUGACAGCAGUUCCAGUUCAGGGGCGCCACUGAGCAAGCGAAUCAAGCCGAAGGAGCUUCCUAAACCACUUUCGACCACCACGACUCUAAAGCAUCGCCCAUCUGAUGCAAGCCAAAGCUCAAGAAACGCGGUUGCGGGAACGGGAUCUUCGAACUUUUCAAAGAGCAAGAACACAUCACCGGCCAAAUCUUCGCCUCUCGCAUCAUCGCCGCCGACCAAUGCCUCCGACAUUGAGGAGCAGGAGAAGCCACCCCAACGUAAACCGAAACCCCAAGCUCGGAACGGGGAGAGGGACACAAAUGGGGUGGCGAAUGGUGGCUCCUUGGGCGUCCAGAGUAAGAAGCGGAAGGAACGAGAUGCCGACCAAUACUCGUCGCAACAGUCCACUCCCAACAAGAAGCAGCAAGUACCAAGAGACGUCCUGGUAAAGGCGAAGAUAUUCACGAAGUUUUAUGAACGAUACGAGGCGUUGCAUUAUGAGAUAUCCGGAUUGAAGGAACCCCCUGAAGACAAACUAGCGGACUUGAUAGACAUGAGGGAGCGACUUGCUAUUAUGAAGAGCGAAAUCUCGCAGGCUGUUGCUGCUCAUUAGUGUCUCCUGCCUACACGCCACGCAGGGGCAUUUGAAGCAGCUGGAUCGGAGUCAAUCCGAGUCGCAUCGAUAAUCUUUUCAAGUGAGAAGCGACAAACAGCGGCUACAAUUUUGGAAAGCAAGCUCGUCUUAUCUAACGAAGUCACCUUAUAUCUAUUAUGACGAAUGAAAGCGUAUCCAGGGGCGGCGGGAUUUUGCAUUUUUAUUAUUGAUGGUUUAAUACCAUCUGGCGAAACAUUGGUUAUUGCAUUUUUUUUGGUCAACUUGCUUUUUUUUGAUACAACAGGAUCUGGCAUAGGUCGAAACAGGAACAGCAUGACACAACUGGCACAGGCAUUUGGGACACUUAUUACCCUUGCAUAGGACAAAAAAGCGGCGUGGAUUAUUUGAUGCUCGGACAGUUUGAGCGUAAGGAGUUUUUUUUUAAAGGCGACAUAGCCUAGUUAUCUAACAUAAUGUUGGCAUGUACACGGGCGUAUGCAAUGCGUCUUUAAGUCUACUAUGAGACCAGCAUGGAAUGAAAUAUCCUGAUUUUGAAACUUGA